UACUACGCGAAGCUCUUGGGAGAGCUCAACGAGCAGCGCAAAAGGGACUUCUUCUGCGACUGCAGCAUUAUCGUGGAGGGGAGGAUCUUCAAAGCGCACAAAAACAUCCUGUUCGCCAACAGCGGCUAUUUCCGAGCCCUGCUGAUCCACUACAUCCAAGACAGCGGCCGCCACAGCACCCCCUCGCUGGACCUUGUCACCCCCGCGGCCUUCUCCCUCAUCAUCCUCGAUUUCCUUUAUUCCGGGAAGCUGGAUCUCUGCGGGGAAAAUGUUAUCGAGGUGAUGUCUGCGGCUAGCUAUUUGCAGAUGACCGACGUGGUCAACUUCUGCAAGACCUAUAUAAGGUCGUCGUUAGAUAUUUGCAGGAAAAUAGAGAGAGAAGUUGGUUUCUAUCAGGCUGAUAGCGGGAGCGCUAGUUCUGCGAGAGAGGGCACCUCGUACGGUUCCAAGAGCCAGUGCUCUGCCUCUGUCUCUUCCCUGCAGGAUAAGGAAGGGGUUUCGGAUUGCCAGAGAGCCCCUCCGUGCGGCGACUGCAGCGACUGCCACCCCCUGGAGCUGGUGGUCAGAGACCCUGGAAGCAGCGACUCCCCAGACGACGUGAAUUCUUCGCUGCCCAAGGGAGGGGAACCCAAAGUAGAGUUUGACUCCGAUGAAGUCGAGGUGGAAGUGGGCGAACGGCUGCCGCAGUACCCGACGCCGCUGUCCCUCGAGCAGAUGGAAGAGGGGCUGCACGGCGGGCAGGCGAUGGACCUGGCCUGCAAUAACUAUCACAUGAAACAGUUCCUAGAAGCCCUGUUGCGCAACAGCUCGGCUCAGAGAAAGGAUGAUGUGGUUCAUCACUUUGUCCGGGGCUUUGAGGGUAGGCCGGAGGAUGCAGGGGUAGGCAUGAAUUCCAUGAUGGACAUUCACAGCGACUGGUAUGGUGAGGACACAGGUGACGUGUUAGUUGUGCCCAUCAAGCUUCACAAGUGUCCGUUCUGCCCCUACACGGCUAAACAGAAAGGAAUCCUCAAACGGCACAUUCGCUCCCACACCGGGGAGAGGCCCUACCCCUGCGAGACGUGCGGGAAGCGUUUCACGCGGCAGGAGCACCUUCGGAGCCACGCUCUAAGCGUGCAUCGCUCAAACAAGCCAAUUAUCUGUAAAGGCUGCAGGAGAACCUUCACGAGCAGCUUGUCUCAAGGGUUACGACGCUUUGGCUUGUGCGACAGCUGCACCUGCGUGACCACGACCCACGAGGACUCGAUGCCCAUUAACCUCAGCCUGAUGGAGCCUUCGUCAGAAGGCCGAGAGAAGGGCGACGCCGAUAACGACUGGCCCAUAUACGUGGAGUCUGGAGAGGAAAACGAUCCGGCUGAUGACGACGAUGCCGAUGGUGAUGACAAGCGGGAAAUCCACAGGAGCUUGUCAGACCGAGAAACACUUAUGUAG